UCCUUUCAGAGAGUCACUUGGGGUUUUUCUUUCUUUCUCUCUCGCGCGGAUAGUGACGUCACAGGGACGCACAGAUUCGGGAAGGAGGUUUGACGGCAGCAUGUGCGGGGGCUGCGUGAAGACGGAGUACCCUCCUCGGGGUACUACUUGCUUGGAGAAUGGAUCCUACUUAAUGAACUAUGUUGGUUGCAUUGAAUGCAAAACACGGGAUUUUGUGAUGAUUGUGAACAAAGCAACAGAAGAAGAAGAUGGAGAGGAAAUUGUCACUUAUGAUCAUAUAUGUAAGAAUUGUCACCAUGUGAUAGCCAGACAUGAAUACACUUUUGGUGUAGUGGAUGAUUACCAGGAAUACACCAUGCUCUGCAUGCUCUGUGGAAGGGCAGAAGAUUCUAUCAGUAUCUUGCCUGAUGACCCUCAUCUGAUGACUCCAUUGUUCUGAAGUGCCUUGAUUUUUCUCAGCCAUUGUAUCAUGUACUAAGUGCAGAAACUCAUGGAAUAAGAUAUUUACAGAACACAAGUGCAGACUUUGCUCAAUCCAUGUGGGAAGUCAAAUGGUAUGGGAUCAAAAAAUAGCAUCUUCAGAUGGUAUGGGGUCAAAAAAAAUAGCAUCUUAGUUGAUCAUAAUCAGAAGUGGUCUCUGCAAGCUAAAUGGAGAGAGAGAAAAACAUUCAUUUGCUGAAAGCUUCAUAGAAAAGACAGAACUCCUGCUUGCUGCUUUGGGUCUUCUUUAAUGUUUUCUACAAGUCAGAAUGCUGUGGUCAGGGUUACUGGCAUCAUAGGGAAUGCUUUGUUUUUCUGACUGUCUACCCUACUGCAGUAUCAACCAAUGCCUCCAGCUCUCUUAGUUGAAAGAGGACUCCCCAAAAGGAAAGAAAUCUGAUUUGCGAGAGAUACAAAAAAUGUAUAAGAAUGUAAUGUUAGGGGGAAAUUGCCUUUUCCAAAGCCAUCCAGCACAUGUAGAAAUAGAGGAAGAGAUAAGAGGUAAGACCAGGUUACUUGAGAGACUGUCUCAUCUUACUGGAAUUGGCCCAUACCACUUGUGCCAGCAGAGAAAGCAUGCCGUGGGUCCUGUCAGCCCGAUUAUUCCGGCUGGCGGGAUCCAGAAGGAGGGCUUUCUCUUGUUGCGCCUGCCCUGUGGACCAUCUUGCCCCUCCCCUCCAUGUGAAGUCGGUCCCUCCUAUCUUUUUGUAAGGGACUAAAGUGGCGGAACAGCGCAAUGGGUAUGGUUGGUUGAGUAAUAAUAGCUCCCACCCUUCUGCCACUCUGCCCCUACCCUCCGUUUGUGUACUUGGUUUUAAUCUGAUUUUAACUUUUUAUGUUUUAACUGUAUAUGUAACUGUAAGCCACCAGGAGUUACCCCAUGUAUGGUAAGAUGGGCGGCCAAUAAAUUUAAUUAAUUAUCUCACAGAAGGAGAAGGAUAGAACUAGCCAGUGUUUCUCGGCUAUUUCUAUGCCCCAAAUGGAAGACUCCAUUUUCCUUCAAGUUUUCUAGAAUGUACGGUUGACUCGUAGCAGAGUCAUGUAGCUUCAUGUUCAUUAGAAAAUGAACAGAUGAAGAAAUCUUGCUGCUUCUAAUCUAAAUAAUUGCACUGAUGUGAACUUCCAAAGCAAUGGGAUACUUGCCCCUGACAUGCUCAAAGGUGGUUCCUGAAUCAAAGGGGGCAAUUACUUUUUGUAUUGGCAUAUCACAUACUGGGUGAUGGUUUAUAAAGUAAAUGAAACAAGCUGAAAAAAGUUGGCAUUAUGGUACUUGUUUGCCUGGAUUCCCUUUAUCAAUAGGACCCUCACUGAUUUCAUUGGGAAAGAUAAACAUUAAUUCAGAAAAUCAAAAAAGGGUAAGGCAAGGCUGCCUUCUGUGGCUCAUUUAUAGUGCCAGCCUGUGGUAUAUGGCCUAUUUCAUUUAGGAUUUCACUGUGAAAUUAGGUAGGGAGCACUGAUCUGAGACUAAUUAAACUGAAGUUCCAUCUUUAAGAAACUCAGUCAAGGACCAUAAAUCUUUAGCCACUGAACCAUUUUUGAAUGCAAAUUACCUUAAACUGCCAUCAGCAAAUGUAAGUUUCAGUUCUCAUAUGUAAAAUUAGAAAGGGACCUGGUGUCUGCUAAUGGAUUCUAGAAGCAUUCCUCUCUAUGGAAAUUGGUCCUUUCAGAAAGAUUGUACUGAUCCCAUAAAGGGUAUCUGCCCUUACUGUAACUUGCAUUAGCAAACUUCUCUGAUGUGGAUUAACACAACUGCUUGCCAAAGAUUUUGAUAAUGCAUAAUUACUUUGCCUGCCCAAUGAAGCAACUAGAUACUGAUUUUUAACCACAAGACUAAAACUAAAACUUGCCAAGCUAUUUAUGAGCAUAGAAUAUGAGGCACUCAAGUCCAGUUGGCAUGGUAAUUCAAUGGAAGGAGUAACUCUAUAAUUGCCAGAUACUGGAAAUAAGUUAUAGGACUAUCACUUUGGAAAGUAUAGUAUAUCUUAUAAGGCAAUGCUGGUUACGUGGUUAAUAACAAUUUGUCCUAAACUGGUAGCAUUGAUAGCUAUCUAAAUUACUGAAAUGUACAAAAAAAUAAUUGAGUGUAUUUAGAGAUUUGUUGUGAAAUUAAUUUUUGUCAAGAGAGCCUUCAGCAUACAGAUGGUCCUCAAUUAACACAAUUGAGCCUGGAAUUUUGAUUGUAAGUCAUUGUAGUCAUGAAGCAUGUCAUCAUGAUGAUGGGUUUAUGACGGUUUUUACAAUUGUGGUCAUUUAGUAAAUCCAUUCCCCCAAAUGGGUGUUUUUUUGCCAGAACCAGAAACUGGCAAAAACUUGUAAAUUGACUAUGAGAUGCUGCAACCGGUCGUAAAUCCGAGCCAUUUGCCAAGCGUGUGAAAUUCGAUCGUGUGAUUAUGGGGUAUAACUGUGUACAGCAGUCAUAACUUUGAGGAUGAGAUAUAAGUAACUUUUUUUGGUUCUGUCAUAAGUGAACAAUCAUUAAGUGAGGAUUACCUAUAUGCUUCUUUGCAUUUAAAUAAAAGUAACUGAAACUGG